GCUAACCAUAAACAGCUUUUUUGUAAUAAAAUAACCUAGAAUCUGGAACCAGUAUAAAUACAGCAAUGCUUUGCAAAAUGAUUACAUUUUGUGCUAUUAUAGACGGAUGAUGUCAGUGUCAGUUCUCAACUACGUUCGCGCUAAGUUUAUUUGUGAUCAUUUAAAAUUGUUUCAUUGAGUAAAGUUUGUAUUUGUAUUUUAAAAAAUUGUUGAACUAUAACAUCCGUAUACCACUCUUCCACCACUUGUUUACUUGUUUCAUUUUUACAUUGGAAUGCAGUUUUAAUUCAAACCACAUUUUUCUAUUGCUCUAGUAUUUAUUCAAAUUUAGCCUCUUAGAAUUUAUGACAGGUCACAAAAAUUGUAUGUCAUCGUUUGAAACAAAAUUCUAGAGCCAUUCCAACAUCUUGCAACCCUGAGAAUUUGUGUCAUAUAACUCAAAUAGGUUUUAAUUGACAGUGAUCAAGUGAUUAAUUUGCUUCAAUUAGCGAAGGAAGUUUCGUUUUGUCAACCUUGUAACAGUUAAUUUUUAACAUUCACAACAAUGACUGAAUCAGGUUCAAAAGUUAUCGGGUACUGGCUGUCCAAGAAAAAAUGUUUGAAACUAAACUGGACCACUGACUUUGCGGAUGUAUGCAAGAAACAUGGUUACUCUCUGGUCAAGCUCAAUCUGGAUAAACCCCUUGAAGACCAGGGCCCCUUCUCGAUUAUUGUGCAUAAAUUGACAGAAGUUAUUGGCAAAUCUAUACAGGGUGAUAAAAAGGCUGAAAGUAUGAUUAAUCGCCUGGAAAAAUAUUUGGAAAAACACCCAGAAAUUGCCAUUGUAGAUCCACUAGAUAGCGUUCGCCGCCUUAUGUAUAGAUCCACGUCGUAUGACGUCAUCUAUACUAGCAAACUCCAUGAAAUGGAUGUCAUCACACCAACGUUUGUUGAAUUAAAUUCGACAGAUGUUGAUGUAAAUAAGGAAAUAUUGAAGACUGCAGGGGUGACAUACCCUUUUCUUUGCAAGCAGUCUGUUGCACUGAGCACGAGCGAGAGUCAUACGAUGUGCAUCAUCUUCAACGAGCGGGGCCUGAAGGACGUGAAUCCGCCCUGUGUGGCACAGUCCUUUGUCAACCAUAACGCUGUGCUUUUCAAGUUGUACGUUUUGGGCGGCAGAUAUCAAGUGGUCAGGCGACCUUCGCUCAAGAAUUUCUAUCCUAGUGAAGACGAAGAGACAAUCUUUUUCAACAGUCACGACGUGUCCAAGCCUGAUUCACAGUCAGAACUCUCCGUGCUGGAUGAUAGAGAAGCUGGGAGCCAACCUGUGGAGGCUGACAUGCGCAGAAUGGACGCAAUUUGCUCCACACUGCGCAGCCUGCUAGGCAUGGACUUGUUGGGUAUAGAUGUGGUGGUCGAGAAUCAUUCUAACCGACAUGUUGUCAUCGAUAUUAAUGCAUAUCCUGGUUAUGAUGGCUACCCGGACUUGUUCGAGAAUCUGUUCCAGUGCAUAAUGGAGGCGCGUGACAACCAUCGCAGUAAACAGCUGCAGUGCGCAGUUGACAGCGGUCGCAAAUGUCACCUGUUGAUGGGCGCAAAGGUCACCUCGGCCCAUCCGGGCGCAAAUGGCGCCGAACACGAUCACAACAGACUCCCAUCUGCCAACAAGGCUAUCGAGCGACAGUUCUAAUGACGGUUCGGAUGUCACUACUUGAGAAAAUCAUAAAUUCGCAUCUGCAAAAAUGAAGAAGGAGACGAGCAGGAAGGAAGAGGAAGAAGAAGAAGAAGAAGAAGAAGACAGGAGAAG